AUGCUUCAUAAACAAACUUUUUCUCGUCAAUCAAAUAUGAGUCAUAUUUGAGGUAUUACAGAAGGUGGAAGACUUGGACAAUCAACAUUUUUCACAAAUCGAAAAAGUCAAGAUGGCAACGAAAGCGAUAUUUCGGAAAAGAAGUCGUCAAAAGCAAGAGGAAGUGCAACACUUCCACCAAAUAUGUCAUUGAAUAUUAGCGAUAUUCCUCCUGUGCACGAUGAAUCGCUUGCUUUAACAUCAAGACCAAGUAGUUCAAACGAAGGAAAUUCAUCAAAUAUUUUUCAAACCGCUAAUAAUAGUCUAUAUUUUCCACCAAUCUCGUCUCAAACACAAAAUUCGGGUCAAAAUGCAGCCAGUCAUGAACAUAAUCAACAAGUCAAUGAACAAAUUGGCAAUCUUCUUCAAUAUGUUAGUGCUCUUGAAUCCAAAUACGAUAAUUUAAAGGUACAUAGUUUAUUUUUUUUGUUAUAAAUAUCUAAUUUCUGAAAUUUGAUACUUUCAGAGAGAUGUUGCCGAAGAACUUGCUUAUUAUUCUGAAGCUCUUGAAGAGGAACGUUUCAAAAUUACAGUGAGUUCAGAAAAAAAAAGGAUUUUUUGUCCAAAAUUGAGUCAGGCUGAUACCAAACUUGGCUCCAAUUUAAACAUCGCCAAACAAAUGCAUUUUUUCAGACUCUCGAGAAAUUACUCAACGAUACAAUUGAGUUGCACCAAGCUGAGUUCAGAUCAUUAAAAGAGCAAAAUAUUCUUGCAAAUCGUGUCGAUUUUCAUCAUAUGGAUCGCUUCAAAAAUCUUGAGGAACACAUUGAAUCCGUGGAGAAUAAGGUAACUCAUUUUAAAUGAUUUAGAAGGUUUUUAACACUGAAAAAUUAUUCCUGAUACCUUUAUCUAAAAUACAAUUUGUAAAAAAAAAUCAUUCAUAUAAUUUUUCAGAUAAUUCGCAUGGACAAUGUUGUUGCGGACUCUUUAAAUGCCAAACUCAACAAUCCGGUUUGGGGAAAUGCUGCACUUUCCGGAGCCAAUAUUGUGGUAUGUUUUUAUUUCUAUGUAUUUUCAUUUUUAUGAUUGAUUGACAUCACUUUCACUUUCACAAAACCAAACAAAAAACAAUUAAGAGCCGGAAACACCUAUUAUUUCAAGGACAUUUUUAGAAAAAAGUGUAGUUGAAGUUGAGAACAAAAAACUAUAAUUCUUCUAUGACACUGAAAAACAAAAAAAAUUACAGGUCGAGUUUCUGAAAAUUGUAUUAUUUGUUGUCGCAUCGGCGUUGGAUUUCAUUCGACCAUUAACUGGAUCCAGAAAUCGUGCCGGUUUGGCGUUGAUCGGAUUAAUUGUUCUUUUUGUCUUUGGUCAUCAUCUCUCAAAAUUGAACCCGUUCGCUGGACGAACCCAAAAUACCACCAAUCUUGAUUUGUAA